ACUCAGGUCAAGAUGAGCCUAGUCAUUGAACAUGUUGAAACAGGGCCAAUGCUUUAGGCAACGAAAGGCCACGCUUCUUUGUUAUUUGCCCGUGUUUGCUUCGCUCAUCAAGAUGGUCAACCCAAAAGUGCAAGAUAGUUCAACGGUUGGAAACUUAAUGACCGACCAAAUUUACUCAUCUGGGUUUUCGGAUGAUCCAGAAACUCCGGUUGUGAUUUUGCUGGGAUGGGCUGGAUCAACGGAUAUUGACCUUCAAAAGUAUGCCAGAGUGUACGAGGAGAAGGGAUUUGAUUCAGUUCGACAAAUCACACCCAAAUAUACCGUUUUCUAUGGUGCAAAGCAUGUGCCUGGAUACUCCAAACAUUUAUUGAAUUUCCUCAAGACUAACCAACUUUCACAGCGGCCUCUGAUCUUCCAUAUGUUCAGUAACAUGGGGGUACUUUCGUUGCAAGAACUGGAGCCCCUAGUUCGAGAAGACGGCGAGUUCCAAGAAAUCCUACCUCACAUUCGGGGCCUAGUCUUUGACAGUUGUCCCGGCAAACCCACUCUGACCUCGUUUUUCUAUGCUCUAACUGACCAUGUCUUGACCGGGCCCUACUUUUGGCGAUACAUUCAGUUUGUGGGUCAGGUGUUUAAACUGAUUUUCACAAGCAUCACUAGUCCGAACAAUGGAUCUCGAAGCUCCUGGUACGAGUACUUGACCAAAGAUAGCUUAUUUCGAAUGCCUAUGAUGUUCCUCUUCUCCAAAGGAGACCAGUGCAUCCCCAAAUCUGACAUUCAAGCUCUAGCCUCAAAACUGGAAUCUGAAGAUGUUCAAGUGACCCAAGUUGAUUUUAUCGAUUCGCCACAUGUGGGUCAUUGGGAUCGAUAUCCGGCACAAUACAAUGAGGCUGUGGUUAAGUUCAUGACGAGUAUCGAUGUGAUCGAAUCUUAGUACUCACAAAAUGCGCAAUAUGCCGGAGCGAUGUCGGGCCCAAGCAGGUCUCUGGUCGUCUGGGAAAGCUCUUGUCCGAAUAGUUGACGAAAUGCUUCACAAAUCUCUCGCAUUUGAUUGGCAUUGCGUUGUUCGAUCAGAUUGGUUAGGAUCAUGGUAAAAAUGGAGGCACCCUCGUCUUCAUAGCUGUCAAUCAAGUCCUAGCAAAUUUAACGAAUGUCAGUGUCCUGAAUAAACUUUAAAUUUCCCGUGCGAUCUA